AUGUCCGAAUGUCGGACGGCCAAGUCGACGUCAAGUGGAGACUUGCUCCUCUCAGUACUCGAACCCCGCCCCGAGGCCCUCGACCAGAGGGUGUCGACCGUAGCUGGGGUCUCUCUCCACCCUCCAAUUGUAUGCUUGCCUCGGGUCUUCUUUUUGCAUCUUAAACAGGCCGAAAGGGGGUUUCCUUCGGCCGGCUGGCUAGCGGAGCGAUGA